AAAGUUCCAUUUUAUUCUGUGGAUUUGCAACUUGUCAAGGCUAAAAACGUUAUUCAAAUGUUUGAAUUUCAUAUGCAAUAUCAAAAUAAAAACGUUUAGUAUUUAGUGAUAAGGAAGGAUACUUUCAUAAAUAUUAUUUAUAAUGAUGAGUGCACAAAAAUGUGAUUGUAAAGAAAAUAGGCGUCCGACUGCUGGCAGAUCCGCAUGCAUUUGUUCUUCUAGCGGACAAAAAACCGCAGCUGAUAGCUUCAAAGUGCCAACCCUACCUGUAAGUCGACCUCUUCAUACUAACAACAAAGCUAGUGAUAAAGAACAGAACGGUAAACCUGAACUCAAAGUGAGAGAUGAUAAGAAAAAGCAAUGGGCACUUACUGAUUUCGACUUGGGACGUCCUCUGGGUAAAGGAAAAUUUGGAAAUGUGUACUUAGCAAGAGAGAAGGAAUCGCAUUACGUUGUGGCAUUAAAGGUACUCUUCAAAAGUCAGAUUUUAGAGUCUGAUAUUGAGCAUCAAGUGAGACGUGAAGUCGAAAUACAGUGUAGACUGAGACAUCCCAAUAUUUUGCGCAUGUACGGAUAUUUUCACGAUGAAAAACGUAUAUAUUUAAUUCUGGAAUUCGCCAAACACGGUGCUCUGUAUAAGUUGUUGAAGGAACGCGGGCGUUUUGAUGAAAAAACAGCAGCUAUAUACGUGCGGGAUCUAACAAAGGCGUUAAUCUAUUGUCAUUCCAAAAAAGUUAUUCAUCGCGAUAUUAAACCUGAAAAUUUAUUGAUUGGUCAUAAUUUCGAAUUAAAGAUUGCUGACUUUGGUUGGUCUGUUCAUUCCCCAUCUUCAAGACGUAUGACUCUUUGUGGAACUCUAGAUUAUUUAUCUCCAGAGAUGAUUGAAGGCAAGCCUCACAGCUAUGCAGUGGAUAUUUGGAGUCUCGGGGUGCUAUGUUAUGAAUUACUUGUAGGGUUGCCCCCAUUCGACGCCAAGGAUUCCCAUCAAACUUAUAGAAAGAUAAGAUAUGUUAUAAUCAAAUAUCCAGAAUUUAUAUCAGAGAAAGCCAAGGAUUUGAUGGGUAAAUUGCUCGUUACCAAUCCGGAGCAGAGAUUACCUUUGGUGGAAGUUCUAAAGCAUCCAUGGAUUAUAGAAAAUGCCCCCGAAGGUGUGAAACCUCCGGUUUAUAAUGCUGAACAAAAAACAUGUAGUUAGUCAGGUAUUUGUAAACAUUAGUUAUUUCUCCAUUAUAGAAAAAAUUUCAUUUUUAUUAUGUGAUAUAAAUAAAAUCGUGAAUUUUUUUUGUCAGAUAUAUAUAUGUGUAUUUCAAUGUCUGAUUCAUCAUACUUGAAUGGGUCGUAAUGAUUAAUGGACACGAUAUAAAUAAUUUUAAAUGUCCAAAGAGAAGUGAGGUGCAACACGAUUAUUUAUUGCUACCACUGCUCAUACAAGACUUAAUAUUCAUUGACUGAUCGUGCCUUACAAUAUUAUAACAUGAAAUUAUGUCAAGUUAUUUGUAAUAAAAAUAUAUAUAAUUAGCCUCAUAUAUAUCCAGCUAUAUGUUAGAACUGAACUGGCGUUGAGAUUAAUUGAUAACGUUAAGAGAAUUCAGUGUAAUUAAGAAUAAGUCACUUGAUAUUUAAAGUCUUAGUAAAUAUUAAAAUGCUAUCUUAAUAGUCAAAUUACUUAUGAAGGUCAAAUAGACUUACUAAAAUUCUGAUAAUUUUCAUUCUAUGUAUAUUUUACUGAUCCUAGAAAUAUUACUACAAUGAAGAAUUACUCAGUUUUUAGAAUAUGUUUAUGUCGUUUAUUGUGUUUAAAAUGUAAUUACA